CCGCCUCCAGGGCAUAUCUGUCUGUUUCCGCUUCCGUCGGUUGCAGCUGUCCAUCUCGAAAAUGGCGGCGUCUACUAGGUCUGGGGUUUUGGGGCUGCUAGCUCGCUCUCGGCCGCAGCUGGGGCGGCCUAUGUCGAGUGGCGCCCACGGCGAGGAGGGCUCAGCUCGCAUGUGGAAGGCCCUCACCUAUUUCGUCGCGCUUCCCGGGGUGGGAGUGAGCAUGUUGAACUGCGUCUUGAAGUCGCGUGAAGAAGAGCACGAGAGGCCCGAGUUCAUCGCCUACCCCCAUCUCCGCAUCAGGUCCAAGCCCUUUCCCUGGGGAGAUGGUAACCAUUCUCUAUUCCAUAACCCUCAUGUGAAUCCGCUACCAACUGGCUAUGAAGAUGAAUAGAGAACCUGGACCACUACCGAGGCACUGGGGACCACAGCCCUGGGUUGGACCACUACUCUGCGCAUGGACCAGAAGUAUAUGGGACCCUAUAUUCAACCUUUACUUUCAUCAAAUGAUGAUCUUCCAUCCCUUUGCUUUUGGCAGGAGAUGACUUAAAUAAAUAACUUAUCUUAGAUUGUCA